GGUGCGUGUAUCGUCAUUGUUUUUCCACUUUUGUAAUGUUUACAGGGAGUUCCAUGCGUUGCGAAGUAUAACACUUGUUGCUCGGGCGUCGUGUGACCGGAUCUAGGACAUCUAAAAGACAGAUCCAGACUCAUUUCACAGCAUACCGAAAGGGAAAGGGCCCAUGUAUAUUUAGCCCAGUCGAAUUGCGUAUCUUGGGGGAGGAUGGACUUCCUAGUUGCAGCGGUAUCCCCUGCCCUCUUUCCAGCAUUGGAAAGAGCAUUGGAAGUAGCUUUCCUGACUGGAUUUGCUCAGUCAUGGAAGUUACAAGCCACACAGAGGGGUCAGCCCCCCAAAGGUCUCCCAAAUCUUACUCGGCGCCGGCAACCUGUGCGAAAGCUCACAAAUGGGGAGACCCUCCCGAAGGCGCCACCCAACGAUCCCCAACGCCAGGGGAACAUCUGGCACCGCUACGAGCAGCUCGAAAAUAUGACCAAGUCCCUGGCAGGCGUUAACCAGCAGAUGGUCAUGGAGAAAGCCAAACACCAGAGGGAGAAAAAGCGGUUGGAGGAGGCCCUGCUGGAGCUGGAGAGGGUGAAUGGGGCGCUUUUGAACGCAGCGCAGGACAGCGAGAGUGGCAAGGGGGAAGCUGCCGUAUAUUCGAUCUCAGCAGACUCCGCGCAGCUGCUGGGGGAGCUUCGCAGCCGCCCUCGCUCCUCCUACUGCCCUGUCAGCGGCCUUGAGCGCUCGGCUGUGCCCCUGCUGCCAAACCCGGCGCCAGAGACCUGCACCCUGCAGAGCAAGGAUCAGGGGAAGGAUGCGGUGGAGCAUGCAGAGGCAGUGGCUCGGCUGCAGGGGCAGCUGGCGUCCACCCAGGAGAAGGCCAAGAAGGCCGACGAAGAGGCUGCCCACCUCAGGGCAGCCAUCAAGCAGAUGCAGGACGACCUGUACUCGGCGACUGCCCAGCUGCAGACCAAGGUGGAUGCACUCCAGGAGGAGAACACUCAGCUAGAAGACAAGGUGAAGGAGCUACAGCCUGCAGACAUGGUGAUCUCUCUGGAGCGGCAGGUGCACGCACUGUCAGCAGAGAAUGAGGAGCUGCGAGAGGGGAAGCUGCGAGGCAAGAGCCAGGCACAGGCGGACGACAUGGAGGCAGCUAAGAAGCAGCUCCAGGACAAGAUCGUGGAGCUUGACGCACAGCUGCAGGACAUGAAGGAGAACAGCGCAGAGCAGGCGACGGCGCUCGCGCGUGCCCGGUCGGCCGCGGCUGCCGCAGCACCGGAGGCGGCGUUGGUGCGCAGCCUGGGAGAGCAGAACCGGGAACUGACCGCGCGCGUCGCUGAGCUGGACGCUGCCCAGGGGGCUGCCCGGCCGGGCAGCGCCGGGCGCCGGGCCGCUGAUGAGCGCGGGAGGGAACUCGAGGAGGCGCACGCAGCCGCCGUUGCCGAGAACGCCCGGCUGCAGGCGAAGAUCAUGCGACUGAGCGGUACGGCUCCGGCAGUGGCGGCUGCCGGCGAAUUGCUGGAGCAGUUGAAGGCGGAAAAUGCCACUCUACAAAGCGACAAUGACCGCCUGCUGUCCUACGUGGACACCCUUACCUCCACUGCAAGUGGCGGCCUCAAUUCUGGGACUCCCCGGGGCCACCGCAAGCUGCUAGAAAAUUUCGUGCAGCUGAAGAGUGACAACAAGCUACUGGCAGAGGAAAAUGCGCGGCUGGAGGCUGAGCUGGUCAUCGUGCAGCAUGCGCGCGGCGGCAUCACUACAGUGCCCGUGCCAGUGCGCGUGGAGAAUGGAGAGGCGGUGGACCGGGAGCUUUGGGUGUUGUUGGAGGAGUUGCAAGAGCGCAAUCAGGCGCUGGCAACCGAGAACACUGCUCUGCGCGCGCGGCCGCCCACCGGCUCCUGGGCGCCGUCAGAAGUUGACCUGGCGUCGGAGAACGAGCGGCUGCAUCGGCAGCUCAGCGCGGUGAUGGAGAUGCGAGCCGCUGAGAUCAAUGAUGACAAUCUGCGGCUCGUCAGCCAUCUCACAGAGGACAGUGGGAAAUUGGAGCAGGAGAACGCGCGGCUGUCGGCCUGCCUCGCGGCUGCAGCCAAGGGCGCAGACCAGAGCGCUCUGCAGGAUCUACUUACCAACAUGGAUCGCCUACGCAGUGGGAAGUCACAGAUGGCAGCCGAGAACGCUGAGUUGGCGAAGAAGAACACUCGUCUCAUCGAGGAGAGUGAGGGCAUGAUUGCGCGCAUGAGCGGCAAUGGGACAGAGGCUGUGCAGGAAGCCUCCAGGAAGACUCGCAGAGCCCUGUUCAGCUUCCGAAGGACUCCCAGCAGGACCGUGCUGCCGGUGCCGCUAUCUGAAGGCGAGGAGUGGCAGGCCGGUGACUCACCACACUCCCAGACGUCCUCCCGCAGCAAUACAGGUCUUCUAGGGACGCCCAAGGGGGGCAGCUUGGGCAGCGAGGCGGAUCUCUUGGCCUCCGAAAAUGGCCGCCUCGCCUCGGAGAAUGCGCGCCUCGUGGCAGAUAACAAGCGCCUCGCCGAGCAGGCAAGCACUGUGGCGGACUUGACCAACACGAAUGCCCACCUGACCGCUGAGAACGCGCGUCUGAAUGACCGGAUGGCGAAGCUGGUCAAGGACUUGACCGUGGAGAACAAGCAAUUGUUGGAGGAGAACCAGCGACUGAACCAGACGGUCAAGAAGGUGUUGGAAGGAAAUGCCGAGCUUACUAGCCGGCUCAUUGACGUGGCGCUUACGUCAUCCCACAACGACGUUUUUGAUGCUGCGUUCGGGGCAGAGGGCACUCCCCACGCCGGCCCCCUGGCGCGCCUGCCACUGGGCCACUGGAGCCAGGAGGAGGUGCAGCGGCGGCAUAGGGAGGCCACCGAAGAGCUGCUGGCGGUGGGCAGGCGGCAAGCCAUGCGCGCACAGCAGCGGGUGGAGCUCAGCCGCCGCGCCAGCACAGAGCUGGAGGCUUAUGAGAGCGCGAAGAAGAGCGCAGAGAAUGCGUACAGCAAGAGCAAAGCGCUCGCGCUGCAGCGGCUGCACUCGCGCAACAGCCAGGCUGCACAGAGCGCGGGGGGCGCGCCCCCCGCUGCCCGGCCUGCCCAAGCCGGGCAGCCUGCGCCGCCGACCACCCCCGAGCCCGCUGACCGUAGCGCUGCCGUCGAGGACGGGCCGUUUGACGAGGCAAUCCGGCGGCGGCGCGAGGCGGAGCUGAGCCGAGCUCAGCUGCAACAAAAAAUUGAAGCUUUCAAGCGGCGCCGCAGCCGUGAGGGGGAUGUUGAGGUGCAGCACUCUGUGGCCCUGGGGAGUAACGCUGCUAGCGAGGCAGCCACCGCCCGGGCGCGCGCCGAGGCCGCGCACCGCCGAGAGAUACAGCGCAAGGACGCUGAGGACCGGGUGAGGGCGGCCUACUUCCGCUACGCAGGCAAUCACGACGUCGCGGCCUUCAUGAGAGCCUUGGGCUUUGAGAUGCCGGCACAGUUUUUCUUGAAGAAGGACCUGAGCCCCUCUGAGGUGGCACGCAUCGCCAUGCAAGUGCUGUCUUCCAAGAAACAGAGGAAUGGGACACCCGAGCAGCAACUGCUACUAGAGGCUACUCUGCUCAAGUUGCAGCAGUGGACUUUAGAUGUGCCGCACACAUGAGCUGAGACUCUUAGGUCUGCUCUUUCUCCAUGUGCGGCUUUCCGCUUAUGGCUUUUGAAAGCUCCAUGAUUCACAAUGGUUGGCAUAUGCAUGGCAUGCGUUGGCAGGGUAGAGGCAAUCGAUGCUACUGGCAGACCGUGUGUAAGAUUCAGUCGGGAUGCUCUACACUGCUAUAAUGCAUACUGCGCAGUCUGAGACUGGCAGUGCCACUGUGCCCUCCUAGGUAGCAAUAGCCUGGUCAGUGUGCGGGAGUCUUUUGCAAGGACUCUAGGACGUAAUGUCACCUUUUCCCU